AUGUCUGCUGUUAUGAUAUCCACUUUCUCCCGUUUCAAUGCACCUUUUGAGUGCUUCAACUUUCGCUUAGCAAUAUACAAGUCCAGAGCAGCAACUUUCAACUUCACCAUGAGCAAUGCAAAUCUUCAAUCAUCCGCAAAAGUGAAGCUAGAUAAAUAUUUAGGCUGGAUUCCCAAUCCACGUACAGAAAUGAAAAAAUUCUAUAACAAUGUUUAUCAAUCAUUCUAUUUGGAACGUAGAGGAGCAUACUGUGACACGAAAAAGGACUUCACCCGGGACACCCCAUGCCGAAGGCAGAUAUUAGUAUGACAAUGAGAAGAUGAUUUCAAAAAUCAAGAAGCAAGCAGAGCAUAUUAAGUCUGAAAAGGAUGAUUCGCAGGCUUUGUAUUUUCUCAGGGAAAACCGUGUGCUAAAACCGCAUGUGAUAGUGGAACAAUAAAACAGAAGAUUAUACAUAUAGAUGACCUUCAAAAAUCUAUUGAUAAGAUUGAAAAGACCCUAAAAGAACACCUUAAAAAACCAUUCAUUCAAUUAUCUGGGCGAAUUUUGACAGGACAUAAUACAGCUCAUGAUUUUGGUGUAGCUCAGUUAUCUCAGUUGCAGAGUGUAAAAACUGAAUUAACUACUCUACGUACUAGACUUGUUAAACGUCAGGAAACAUGUGAAUUUGUAUUCAGACACAGAUUUUCUGCAAUAAAGAGAAAGUCACGCUCAAGAAAGCAGAACAUUAAUAAGUGCAAGAAACGGAUGAAGGCGAAACAUUCAGAAAGAAAGAGAGAGAUACUCAGAAAAAUUGCACCAGAUUCACCUGAAGGAAAACCAUGCAUAAAUGAAGAUAUUCGGCCAGCAAUCGUCAGGGGACCAGCAAUCGUCAGGGAACUCAAGGAACGAUUUGUUUUCCGCUGGCUGUGCCGUUAUGUCUGGCCGCAUUUAGACCACUACGUACCAAUACGGAAAUAUCAAGAAUAG